GUUAAACUGUAUUUGUUCCAUAUGGCUGUGUCUGUGUUUGUGUGUGUGAGCAUGUGACUGCAGCCUGCAGCUAGUGAGUCCAUAUGCUUUUUUAGAUUAUCUGCAUAGCCAUAUGCUCCUGUAUCAUUUAGUGUUCAGAAAAUGGCCAAUAAUCAGACACUUUACAUCUGACCAAGGGUUUUAAAGACACAUUCCCAUAACUAGAUAUAAUAUAAACGCUAUCAAAUGUGACAUCAUGACACCAGACAUACACCUGUACAUUUCAGAAGGCAAGAUCUCAUUUUUAAACUGAUAUCAGUCGAUGAUAAUUACUAUUAAUUGACCCUGAUUUGUUUUGUAAUUAUUUCAUACAUACUCAAAAUUAUAACUAUUAUUUAUCCAUCUUGAAGUAUUUCCUACAAAUCUCUGAGCAUCACUGUUGUACUGUGUGGAUCAGGUCUCAAAAAUAGCACCUUUGUGUAAAUUGUGUUAGGUGGCAUAGUAGGUGGAUCUAUGUAAAUGAGGUCUGGUGUUUUAUGAGGUGACCAGAAGUCUCAGUCCCAGCAGUCUGCAGGAAUCUCAGCAUCACCACCACAACUGGAGCAGAUAGUGUCCUUUUUAGACACUGAGAUUUUUUUUUAGUAUUGACUAAGACCAACAUGGACAGAUGUGAAACUAGCUAGCAUCACACUUUUAUUUACGUAACACAAGGCAUAUGUCAAUUUUUAGGUCUAUGCUCAAUUUUUGGUGAAGUUUUUUAGCUACUGUUUUGGUGGAAAAGAGGGACUUUCCUCUAGUUUCUUCGUUUUUCCCUAGCAUUGAUAAUAUACAAACAUCAUGUUAUUGGAGAUAAAUUUGCAAGGUUUUCUCCUUUUUUGGAGUUCUUUUCUGACUGUGGCAGCAUUUCAACCUGCGCCAAACCGAUACAGCCUCUAUUCUGGACCCCAUCCACAGUACAACUCAGCAAAACCAACAGCCAGGCAUAAGAACCACUGUGCAGAUGUUGUGGAGAAGACUGUCUCGUUCACUAUUCAGGAUGGAGCGACUCCCUUCAUGAAGCCAGAGUACAAUAAGUGUGCUUGGGGUCAGAAAUGCCCAACUAUAAAGUAUCGCAUGUACUACAAACCCAUGUAUAAAGUUGCAUAUAAGACUAUGACACAGCUGGAGUGGAAAUGCUGUCCUGGAUAUGCAGGUGUUGGUUGUACUGCGAUAUAUGGAAUGAAAGCAAGGCCCCUAUUCAAAGGACCACUGCCUGCACAGAAGGGCCCUAUGUCUCGUUUUAAAGGGCCCAUGCCAAUGCAGAAGGGUCCUAUGCCAACUUUUAACAGGCCAAUGCCAAUGCAGAAGGGUCCUGUGCCUCCUUUUAAAGGGCCCAUGCCUGCACAGAAGAGUCCUAUGCCUUCUUUUAAAGGGCCCAUGCCUGCACAGAAGGGUCCUAUGCCUUCUUUUAAAGGGCCCAUGCCUGCACAGAAGGGUCCUAUGCCUUCUUUUAAAGGGCCCAUGCCUGCACAGAAGGGUCCCAUGCCUCCUUUUGAAGGGCAUAUGCCUGCACAGAAGGGUCCCUGGCCUAUGCAGAAGGGUCCGAUGCCUUCAUUUAAAGGUCCUAAUCCCUCUCAAGAGGGUCUAGUGCCUUCAUUUAAAGGGCAAUUUCCCCAUCCCAGCUUCAACGGAAACCCCUGGAAUCAACCUCAAACACCACCCAAUGGCAUGAAUGAAUACUCCAGCCCUAAUACUGGUCCCUCUUCCCGAUAUACCUCAGCUGAACCUUCUCCAGACCACCAGGAACCUGAAAUAGAUUAUCCUGAACCGAUGCCAGAGCCUCAAGAUCUUGGCCAUGAUUUAAUCCCAGAAGAGAAUGAGCCAAUCACAGACUACCAGAAUCCACAGCCAGAUCACUAUAGUUCUAUACCAGAACAUAGUGAGACAGAGCCUGUUCCUAAUGCACAGGCGCCCUCUGGUGGAAGUGAAACAAACCAAGAUCAUGAUGACAACAGUAUUGAAGAUGAGCGGUUGGAUAGGAUAGAAGAGGAUGUGCAGAGACUCUCUCUUGGUCUAGAGACUCUCCGUGGUACUGUGACAGGCCUGGAGGACAGCUUGCGUGCUUCCCUCCGUGAAGAUGCCAACCGAAUGUUGACUGCUCUUAUUUCUGCAGGACCCAGUCCUAUCGCUGCUCCUUCCCUGUCCAGGGACACCUCUGUGGGUUUCGGAGAUUUGCCUGGAGGUGCACCAGAUAUUGAGGGUUCAGAUGUGGUGGGUCAGUUCCCAAACUUGGUCGAUUUGGCUGAAAAGGUUUCAGAGCUACAAGCAGAGCUUGUGUCAAAGGCAUCUGAGAUUGAAGAGUUGAGAGGAGCAGUCGUGGGUCACAACAACACCCUUCAAAGACUGUCAAAUGGGUCAGUGAACCUCACACAAACUCACUUUCAAAAGGCCCUGGAGGCAAUGGUAGAGUCCAAAAUGAGUGAAUCUCGGGUGACCGUCUUAGAUGGCUUUGAAAAGCGUGUGGAGAGUGCUGAGGAGCGAUGCGAGAGUCGUAUGGCAGAAGUGCGCCUUCAGUGUAAAGAGGAACGUUUGGAUGGACAAGAGCAAAUUGAGCAAGUCCUAGACAUAAGGGCCAUAGGAUUACAGGCAGAACUCCAAAAACUGCAGGCUCAGCUUCAAGACCUGGAGCCUGAAGAGGGUUGCUGCAUUGCCAUAUCAGGUCUAACUGAAAGGCUUAUUCAUGUGGAGCAGUCAGUGGGUGGCUUGAAUGAGUCCCAAAUUCAUUUACGUGCCGAACUUGGUGGACACAAGGACCAUAUAGAGGGCAUGUUGGAAGGCCGAUUGGCCUAUGUGGAAUCCAAGAUGAACAUUGCAUUAAAUCAAGAGGAACCAAACAAAAGAGGGCCUAGCAAACUGGAGGUACAAUUGGAGGGGAAGCUUAAGGCUCUUGAAAGUCGUCUUUUGGCUGCAGUGGAGGAGCUAGGUAAUGUCACAACACCAACUUUACUAGAGGGUCAGGCUGUGCCCACACAGGAGACAGAAGUAGAAUCGCUCAGAAGAAGAGUUGAGGAUGAUUUGGACCGCUUACAGAAACAACUCAAAUCCAUAGAGGUCAUGUGCACUUCAUCUUGUGUUCCACAGCCUGUUCUUACAGGAUAUGUCGCUCCUUUGGGAACUGAGGAUGAGGGAAGUGAGGAAAACCACACGGAAAUGAAUGGGAAACUUGAUUUACAAGUAGAGAGAUUGAACAACCUCAAUGCCACUCUACAUAACCUUCUUGUCCAGUUGGCAGAGAAACAAGUGGAGGCAGGUCUUCAGGGUGAGGUGACCCUGCUGAAAGUUAGCGUGAACUCCGUUAACAGGUCUCUGUGUGGCUUGCAAGAGUCUCUCGGCUCUGUGAUCAGAGAGGUCGGCCAAACCAACCUCACCUGGCAAGAAAGAGAAGAAAGGCUUGCGCAGCAGGUGAAGGGUGUGGUUCAGCUGGUGGGGCGACAGGCAUCUAUGUUGGGUACUGGGGAGCGAAAGUUGACCCGUCUGAAAGGGGAACUCCAGGAUCUGAGGCGCAGAGUGGCCGGAGAGCUCCAGGGUUGCCGUUCCACUGCUAUGGGUGUCCAGAAAGAGGUGACUGAAGUCGGGGGUCGUGUUGCUCGCGUGGAGGGUCAGUGUGGAGGCCUGGCACACCUGGCUGACGACCUGGAAAGAAUCCGAGGAGAGCUGGAGAGACACUCUGAUGGGUAUCUGUCUCAUGUAAAUAGCACCCUUGUUAACCAUUCUCACCAGCUGUCUGAGCUCAGAGAUAGCAUCCAAAACUGCACUGGACCAUCUGGAUCUACUAGAGUAGCUGGGGACAAUUUAACUGCAACACAAGAAAUGGCAGAACAACACACAACAGAACCGGCUCAUCCCAGAGGAGACCAGUUUGCAGUCCCCACACUGUACAGAGGUAACUAAUAAUUCAAGUGCACUUUAUAAUGUGCAUACAGUUUUUCCUCACAGAUACUAUUAUAUAGUAUCUUCCUCAGGAGACUCUUUUCUUUCCAACAUCUAUGGUUUGAUCAGUAUUGAAAAUCAGUCUUCCCAGUCUGUGGUGCUGCUGUUUUGUAUGUUUUUUUUAUUUUUUUUAAAUCAUUAGUCUUUUAUUAUUAUUAUUUUUUGUCUUUUAUUCAUUUUUACUAAGCAAUUUUAUGGUUAAGUGUAUUAAAUGUCUUACUUUGAUAUUGUGAAUAUUUUUUUUAUUGUAGGGUUUUUGAAUUAGAGAGGCAUAUAGGUAAAUUUCAAUUUUGGGAACACAACCUUUUGAACUCUUUUUUUGUGUUUAUACCUUAAUAUAUAUGGUUUUGUAAAAGCUGGUUCUUAAUAAAAUGUUAAAAUCUCACUUAA